ACUGUGUGGUUCCUCCCUCGUUCCUCCUCCUCAAAGUCACAACCAGCAGAUCAGUGCCUACUGGAAGUCACUGACACAGUUAUGUAGAGAAGUCGCUCUUGAAACCAACGUCGUAGGACAACUCCACACCAACAAAAUGGAGUUCAACUAUGAUAACACCAUAGAAUUGCUUUUGGCACAUAUGAAUAUUGAGGACAUCAUCAACGCUGCAGAGACCCUCUAUCACUGUGAGGAAGAGGAAAAGAAGCGGGGCUUGUCAUUCGAAGAGGAAAGUUUGUCCCCUGUUGCAAAGGAUGGGAAUGACGAGGUUGGACAUUUUGGGAGUCAGCAGGAGGGCUACACUGACGUGGAUGGGAGUGUACGGCACGGGACAGUGACGGACCUUCUGUCUUUUGUCAACCUGAUCUCUAACAUUCAAUCAAAACCCCUGCAGCAGUUGUCUGAGGAAAUGGGAGUCCUACUGAACAAUAAAGAUAUGGUAAUAAAAAAUGGGCGCUAUAAGAUCAACAAGGAUGUGCUCCUGUUUCCCUGGCAACUGACCUACAAGAAUCGUGGCUCUGACCUUGUACCUAAGGGCUCCUUUGGGAAAGUUCAUUUAGCCCAGGACAUCAAGACCCGAAAGAGAAUGGCCUGUAAACUGAUUCCCAUGGAAAGUUUUAAUGGUGCUGAAGUAGAGUUCCAAGCUCGCUUCUGCCAUGAGAACAUCGCCCAACUCUACGGGGCUUUGCUAUGGGAACAGAAUGUGCAUCUCUUCAUGGAGGCCGGUGAAGGCGGCUCGGUCCUGGAGAAGAUAGACAGCUGCGGGCCAAUGAGAGAGUUUGAGAUUAUCUGGGUGACCAAGCACAUCCUUCGGGCCCUGGAGUACCUGCACUCGCUCAAUGUCAUCCAUCACGACAUCAAACCCAGUAACAUUGUCCUAAUGUCAGACAAGGCUGUCCUGGUUGACUUUGGCCUGACUGUGCAAAUGACUGAAGACUUGUAUAUUCCGAGAGAUUUGAGAGGAACGGAGAUGUACAUGAGCCCUGAGCUGGUUUUGUGUCGUGGACAUAAUACAAAAACAGAUAUCUACAGCCUGGGUACCACCAUCAUUCACAUGCAGACCGGCAACCCCCCGUGGGUUAAAAGAUAUCCGCGCACUGCCUACCCUUCAUAUCUCUACAUUAUUCACAAGCAAGCACCUCCCCUAGAGGACAUAGCGGAUAACUGCAGCCUGACCAUGCGGUCUUUCCUGGAACGAGCUCUAGAGAAGAACCCCACACUUAGGAGCUCAGCCUCAGAGCUGCUAAAGGAGGAGGCCAUCAACCCACCCAAAGAGGACCAGCCCAGGUGCUGGAGUCUCGACUCAGCUCUCGAGGAAGCCAACCAGGCCAUGCUUUACCAGCAGAACUCACAAGAUGACGCCACACAAGACUCUUCACUCUAUGCUGAAGUCUCUGGCCCCCUAAAGAGGAAUGGCUCCUUAUACCUGGAUCUAGGGGCCUUGUCUGGCUAUUGCCCCAUGUUGACAGGAUCCCCUACUUCCGAAUAUGGCUAAUAUAUCCGCCAUUUGUGUGGGUGGCUUUUGGUUUAGGCCACAUAAUUAUAUACAAGAAAUAGUCCGUAAUUGUUCAGCUUCACUGUUGCAGACCGGUGCUUAUUGCUGAGCUGCAGGGGACACCGCUUAUACUGAUGAGCUGUUUUACAAGGCUCACAAUGACUAAUUAGCUAUUCCGUCAAGAAAGAAAUGGCCUAUGUGAAUCACAGCACUGCAGGACAGUUGUUGGAUGAGCUACAUUCAUAUCUAUGUGCAUGAAAUUUUGUUUUGAUUUUAUAUAUUUUAAUUAUAAAACUUUGUUUUGUGGUCUGUCAUGUAAUUACAUGUUUAUGGGUGAAUGUGAGUAUUCAGUAUUUUUUAAAAUAUGUAUGCAGUCUUGAGUCAUGACUCAUUUAGUUCUCCAUGGACUUCCUCAUUCUAAUUCCUGUGGAAUAUGAAUAGCAUCAACAUGUGGUAACCAUUUUGUGUUUUGUACAUCCUGUGAGAUGAGCAAUUCUGUAUUUUUUAAUUAAAAUUGAGUAUUCAAACAAA